AUGCUGUCGAACCCGCCAUCCAUUCUCGCAAAUACCUGUGCCUAUGUACGAGAAUCAGAGAGUUACUCGACUGGGCAGGUACCGGAAUUCAAGACGGCGCGGGGUGAUGACUCCUCUCCGGGCUGUGUCUCCGGAUGCGCACCUCUCCUUCAUCUCAAUCUCUCAUUCUCAACAGCUAACAACAUCUCGGACUACCACACCUGUAGGGUAUUCCAUCUCAAAAACGCACCACUGGUCGACCUCUACGGGGCCAACAUCGUUAUCCCUCGAUUCGCAAUCAUGGACUGUCUAUCUUCACCUGCCGUCGGGAUCGCUAGUCGAACAAGAGGCUGUCAGGAACUUUUCGUCAAAUGUCUUUCUGUGCCACAUUUUGCAGCCGACGAUCUGGACUGGCUCGAAGAUCGUCAGGGAGAGUUUAAUCUGUGGGAGGCCGGACUCAAGGCUGCAGCUGUUGGCCGAUCAUCACUCGAUUACCGUCUCCAACAGAGCAAAGAGACCCAGGAACUGGUAUUCGAUCUCCUGGGUGGUUUGUCCGUAACGCUGGAAAGGUUGAUACACCAUGAAGAUAUGCCACAAGACACCUCGGCCAUAGAGAAUCCGGAAGAAGACCCCCUUGAUGGCGAGUACUCGAUGUUCUCCGACCUCUCUCUCUCAACCGAGCGGACCAAAACAGACUCCCUACCAAACAUGGGAAAGGGAGACAUCCUGGUAAAAGAACAUUUACUCAACAUAAAACGAACGCUUCGCCAGCUCGCGGAACUCUCGAACAACAUCCGACGGUCGCCCGCGAAGUAUCGCUAUAAGAAAGCCGAUGCCGCCCUCAAGUUGGAGGACUUUGAAGACUUUGAGGCCUAUUUGAAGGGUGUUAUCCUGAUGAGCUCAAGCGAAUUUAAUGCCCAAGCCUCUACUACUGCAACAUGGCAAUCUCGUCGUAUUGCAGACUCCGACAAGUUGACACCGGUGCAACACCGACUUAUUUACGCCAACAUCGUGCGAAGAAACCGAAUAAUCUAUGCCACAAGACAUACUCAGCAGAACAAAAAGCCGCCUGUGAUGGAGAAGUAUCUUUUACCAGCGCAGCCAAUCGGAAGGCCAACACCCAACAUCCAGCAGACGCCAACUGAAUUCGAUACUUUUGACCCUGUCCCAAUGCCCAGCGUUUUGACAUCUUCCAUGACCACACCGACAGAGCUUGAAUCUGAGUUGAUCACGAAAGCUACACAGCCUCCCGCUGACAUCUUCCCAGCGACGCCCAGCCCCAGAGGCCACGUCGCUGAGGAUAUCCUUCCAUACACGUGCUUUUACGAGAACUGCACCAUUCCGGACGAGAUGUACGCUACGCCACAAGCCUUGUUCAAGCACUUGCUCAUAGAGCACAGUGUUACCCACUGGACAUGCGAUCACUGCGCCUGGAAAAAUAGAGAUUAUCCCUCUUUUACGUUUGGAGAUCAGAGCAAAUGGGAAGCCCACAUGCGGCAGGAACAUUCCAAGGACGUCCUUGACAAGCAUAUCCCCCAUCUGGCCAGAAUCAGCGAGCGGAAAGUGCUGGUUUCCCUCUCAUGUCCACUUUGCGCUUACACCACUCAAUCAGCCCACUCAGUAUUCGAUAGCCACAUUGCUGAGCAUCUCUAUGCGUUUGCUCUACGGUGCGUGCCUCCGGCAACGAGUAGCGAUGAAGAGUCAGCUAUUUCAAGUUCGGUGGGAGGCUCCACUUCCAGUGAUUCUUUUGGCGAUAGUCUUGUCGACGCGGUGUCGGAAACGGCUGAGUUCACAGACGCUGAAUCUCUGGAAUUGCUUUCGAGUGCUGCCACAGGCCGCCGACUCAUCCCGAGCCGUCACUGCUGGCGACGCGAUGACCAUUGA